AUGGAGGAGCAAUCGUCUUUUGGCCAGGAAUUUGCGCUUGAGCUUCAGAUUUGGGGUCCACGAUCUUGCAAAGUUUGCAUUGGCAUUUGUUUUGUAAGUAUCAAGCGACGGCAAUUGGAGCUCAACGCCAAGAAGGUGUCGGUUUUGCUCGUCCAAGCAUUCGCGAGCUUGAUAUAUCUUGUGUCUUCUCUGGCAGUGAGUGAUCACGAUAAGCGAUCACCGACCUGCCAGUUUAACAUACGUUGGGAGCUCGCAGUGGGAUCGCUUUAUGCUCUCUAUCCUGCUAUUCUCCUGCUCGCAACUUGGAAGGUGCGGCACAUAAGAUUUGAGUUUGACGAGUUCAAGGAGCUUCUCAAAGCAGCUUCCAUCUGCGCCUUAAUGCUUGGUAAUCUGACAUUUCGCUCAGUCAGCGUUGGCGUUCUUUUCCUGUUUUGGAUUCCUAUCGCAAAACCCGUUCACGAUCUAUUUCACGGCCGUAGGAGUAACCACCGGUAUUCAACCAUGGGGCAAGCGCUUGGAGUUCCAGUCAGUGGAGCCAUAUCUCAACCGUUGAUAGCCUUCAAUUUUAACAGGCCGCUGGAGCUGUUGCUUGAGCAUAGAAGUCGAAUGGCCGGUGAGGUCGUGCAUUUUUACAGUGAGGUUCGAGAGCUCAACAAACUCCAGCAGCAGCAUCAAGUUGUGCAGAGAAUUUACAUGGCAGAACACAUCAUUGACAAGUACAUCAAGUCAGGUUGGCCAUUGUUCAGUGAGAAAUGCUUUGCCAAACUCUUUAAGUUGCUCCAGAAUCUGUCGAACGACUACUGGCAAUCCGAGUAUUUUCAAGAACUAAAAGAUGAACUGGACGCUGAUGUGGAAUCUCAGCAAACUGGUGACGAUCUAGAACAGCAACUAGAUGUGACUGCUACCAAGCGUGCGUUGAGAAGGCUUUACGAUCCUACUCCAGACAAUCCAUUCGACCAAGGUUGCCCGUUCAGUGGUGAACUUCGCAAAGAGAAUCAACCCGAACAACAUCAUACUGGAGUAAGUCAAAAACUUCACUGA